AAAAUGAAUGCUGGGUAUCGCCAUCUUGUUUACAACUAGGAGUAACUUACCGACGGAGAAUGUAAAUUUUAUUUCUGUGUUACAUUUUCUUCUCCGUGUGGUGCUGUUAAUCACUUAAUUAGCUGAUCUGUUUUCACGCUAGUGCUUUACAUUUUUUUCAUUGACCGGUUUAGUGCAAUAUUUAAAAACUUAAUAAAUGUCUUCAACAAAGAGGAAACAAAUCAAAGUGAAGGCGGUGGCGCCGAAGCUCAAGUUAUUUCGAUCAAAUGAACCGCUUCUUAGUGUUUUUAUGUGGGGAGUAAACCACACAGUUAAUGAGCUCAACAAUGUUAAUUUACGAGUCAUGUUGAUGCCUGAUGAUUUUAAGUCCUACAGUAAAAUCAGAGUUGACAACCAUAUGUAUAACAAAGAUAACAUGCCAAGUAGGUUUAAAGUCAAAGAAUAUUGUCCUAUUGUGUUCAGAAAUUUGAGAGAAAGAUUUGGAUUAGAUGACAAUGAUUACAUGAAUUCUUUAUCAAAGCAGCAGCCUAUAUCCUGUGACUCCCCUGGUAGAAGUGGAGCUCGUAUGUUAAUGUCCAGGGACAAAAGGUUUUUCAUCAAAACUCUUGUGUCUGAGGAGGUUGAAAUGAUGCAUCACCUACUUAAACAAUACCACCAGUAUAUUGUGGAGUGUCAUGCUCAGACGUUACUGCCCCAGUAUUUAGCCAUGUACAGGAUAACAGUCAAUGAUGUUGAGACCUAUGUUGUAGUCAUGCGCAAUAUCUUCAGUCCUCGAUUGUCAAUACAUAAAAAAUAUGACUUAAAGGGUUCAACAGUUGAUAGAAAAGCUAGUGAUAAAGAAAGGUUAAAAUCUUUGCCUACCUUUAAAGACAAUGAUUUCCUCAAUGAUGGUGCUAAAAUUUGUAUUGGUCCAGAGCAGAAAAAGAAAUUGUUGGAGACACUUCAAAGUGACGUUGAUUUUUUGAGUAGCCUUCACCUCAUGGACUACAGUCUUAUUGUGGGUAUCCAUGAUAGAGACCAAGAAGAUGAAGUUGGAAUCAGUUUUGCCAUGCCCUCUGGUGCUGAUGAAGAGGAGCCUGAAGAUGAUGAUGCUGAGGGUGGAGCCUCCAGUGCUGGAGCAGGAGACCAGGUGAUGGAAAAUGAGGAUGAACAAGAUGGUGGCCCCAGUCCCCCUGACUCCCCCCAGCCUGUCACCCCAAUGCCUCAGUUUACUGGAGAGCUUGAUCCAGAUUUGGAACGUUAUGCUGUUGUAAGUAAUGAAGACAGUGGCAAGCGUGAGAUCUACUUCAUGGCAGUCAUAGACAUACUCACAAAGUACGGCAUGAAGAAGCGUACCGCUCAGGCAGCCAAGACUGUCAAACAUGGCGCUGGGGCAGAAAUCUCCACAGUGCAUCCAGAACAGUAUGCAAAACGAUUCAUGGACUUCAUAACUAAAUGUGUUGAGUGAGCUAGGAUUUUGUUUUGAUGGACUAAUAGUUGAAACCUGGAUGGAGACAUAAUUGAACCUUGAUAUCGUCUAGUAGAGCUUUAAUAUUUAUACAAAGUGUUAGAGACUUUUGUUUGAUGGCCUCAAGAUAGAAUACUAUUUGAUUUCAACAUUACUGAGCUCUGGAGGACGAUUUCUUUCUGCCCUUCUCUUGCUCGCCCUUUCUAAAGAACUUCUACUUCCUGUCUAGUCAUGUGACCAUUGUGUGUCUUGUCCAUUAAAACAUGCAGACAACAAACAAUACACAGCUGGUCUUGUGUGUGUUGUUUAUGGUGACUGAGCAGAUAAAUCAGCAGGAUCUAAAUGUAACUAUGUACCAUUAUAUUCUUUCUUUCUCCCUGUUCCUAUUGCUUGUAGUGAAGAACUUAACGUCUAGAGCUAUUGCUGCAAGUGAUUGUGUAUGUAGUUUUAUAACCAAGUCAUCAGGUUGGAACAAAAUAUCAAACAGUGGAACAUCAAAAUGGAAGAAUGUUGUAUACAUUUGAUGAAAGCGAGUGUUCAAAACUAGAAGCCUAUGUUAACAUUAGUGUUGAUUGAUGCUGGUGUUAAGUCUCUGACUAUAUCAGCCUCCACUCUCAGCUUGGACACAUUUUGAUGUUAGGACUACAUGAAGCACAAAAUCAUGCUGUGCAGUGUUUUCAACUCACUGACUCUUCACUAAAGAUGUUUGGUUGGAAGGUUUGACUGAAUGUUGCAUUGCAACCUGUAUGACAGUAGAACACGAGUAUUUUUGUUAGUGCACCUCUGAAUAAACUUGUGCUGAGUGGGCCAAUGUUUGUUCUCUAUCACAAUCUCGUUUGAGUUUGAACACAAGUUUUGUAUUGCUUCUUGUUAUUUAUGGAUUCUGUUGGCUUGUAGUGUCAUGACUCUUCACUUUCUUGUCACAGUCUUGUUACAAUGUAGCACAUCAUUUGCUCAUCUCACUUGAAAGCAAACAACACAAUGUCUCUCUAGCCAAAUCUAAAUGUAAACUAACCAAGAUGACAAUACAAUCAGUAUUAAAACCAUUGGUCAUAGUUGUAGUGUCUUGAACACUGCACUUAAUAGGUAGUGUAAAGAGGACCAAAUGUUCCGAUUGUCCAGCCAUAUCAAUGCAGAGACUCCUGAAACAUGCACACAUUCAACAAGAAAACUGAUACCCUAAAUGUCAUUUGUUGAGCAUGACACCAACUUGAGAGUGAUUAGUCUUGGAUUGUGUCGAGGUUUGACUUAGUUUGAUGUGUCCAGUACUAGGACAAGUUUUUCUCCAAACAGUUUCAUGGCUAAUGCCUUCUCGAGAAUCCAGCAGUUAUAGCUGUCAUAAGUCAAUGUGAAUUUAAUAAAUACCACCACAUGAUUUGUGUUUGAUUGUAGAUCUAUUUUAUUAACUGUCUAUACACAAAAAGGGGGAAGGGGGGCUAUUUUCUUCGAUUUUGUAGAAUUAGAAAUGUAAUGUAAGAAGCUUAUGACUGCAUUGAGAAUAUAGUCGUUGUAUAUCUAGAACUUUGUUCAUUGAGUUUAUUCUUCAGUAGGAACAAAGUUUUGACUUUGAUAUUUGCAGCUUCAGACUAGUCAGUGUUGCUGUCUACAUUGCCUCUAGAUGGCUUACAAUCUGAUGUUUGCUUUUAUGAAUUACAGAAGCUGAUCAUGAGGUGUAACCCUAGUGUCUGUAACCAACUCUUAGUUGAGUUUGAUCACAGCUUAUUCAUUAGAAUACUCUUGGAAUGUAAGGGCAUAGGUUGUGCUGGGUAUUCACCACAGGGAGGUCAUUUCAUCUUGCGGUAACAGAUCACUCUCCUCAUGCCAUAUGCCUCUAAAAACUUCAUAAGUUGAUUUUAUGAAUGAUUUAAUUUCUUGUUGUGCAUGAAGUUUGGUUUGUUUGGAUCAAAACGUUCUGUGAUGAUAAUCUACUACUAAAUGUUGACAAAAGCUGAUUUCUAGCCAGAAGCAAAAAAAAUGUUGGUUAAAAAGAAUUCUAGAACUUUCCAUUGCAUUGUCUGUCACAAUCAAAUAUUGAGUUUUAAGGAACGACCAGGUAAAUACUAGCUUGGACUCGCCCAACUUGUGACUUGACUGGUGUUCCUGAUGUUGUCUGCUAGUAGUGCUGCUGUUUAGCCUCUGUUCUAGGAUUGUAAGGACCACUACUCAACACACACACACACUUAUUUUUAAAGGAGACUGUUCCAAGAUGUGCAAAGCAUUGAGUGCCAUGACACACUUCUGCUGGUGGUGAAGGGAGGGUGCUGAUAGAACUUUCAAAACAAAAGUCCUAACUUUAUGUCAAGUUGUAUGAAAUGUCUACCCCAAAGAUAUGUUUUUCUACAAGGACAAUGGUGCAAUGGCAUUUGUCAUGUUCAUAUUACUCGUCAUCUAAGACAAUACAUAAUAACACUAUAGACCUCAACUUUUCUUACAUAGGCAAGUGUUUGCAUGUGUGACUUGUGAGAGAGACUAAUCUACAUUGUAGUUCUUAGUGAAUCAAAUCAGAACAAAGUGUUUCAAGGUAAUUGUCUAGAUCACAAACCAGUUCAUUGAAGAUGUCACAUCAUUUACUAGUUUCCUUUGUGUCAUUAUAAAUUACUUUUUUGUAUCGAUAUUCUUGUAACAUUGUUAUUGCAACUGUCUGUAAGAAAUGUUACUGAAUGUUACUUUUGACUAGUUACUUUUUUUCUUUUUGAAUUUUGUUUUUGUAUAUUUUGUUUUGUUGGUUUGUGAAAUUUUGUUGUACUUUUUUUUUGUUUAACUUUUAUUUGACUAUUUAUUUGACUUUAAUUUUGUUGACCAAUGGCGCCUGUGAUUCUGUGUGUCAAUAUCGAGCUGUGCUGUAAAACAGCCUUCAUUGGGGCAGGGGUCUAUCUGGUACUUUUGGGAAAGAUCAGAACAUCUGGACAUGUGUUUGAAUGCAGUAUGUCUGGGUGUCAUAAUUCUUCACUUAGAUGACAAUAACCUUAAUACAAUAGCAACACAUCAAAUUGUUGACUUUUGUUAAUUUGACAGGAUAAUAGUAUAGACUUCAUUUGAAGACGAGUAUGUAGUCAGUCCACUUUCACCAGCGGUCUAGUGAAGGAGCCUGUAAAUGUCUGAUGGAAUGUCUAUUGAGUAGCUCCAGCCAUGGUUCUCCUUUCGUUCUUCUCACAAAGCCAUAUGCAUCAACCUGAAACACAACACAAUGGUACUAGGUGAAUGACAUGGUAUGGACUAAAUAAUGGAUUUCAUAGAAAGUUAUCGCCCUUGGUUUAGAAAAAAAAAUCAUCUAUCUGAAAUAACUAGCAUUGAAAACAAGUUUUGUAGUAACCGCGCCAAUUCACCUAGCAAUCAACUGAAGUCUUAAGAUAUAUCUUAUCUUUGUCUAGCGCUACUCCAGUACACAUCUGUGUGUUAUCUUGUACUACAAAGUAAUAGUUGAAAGAACUAGAAGACGGCCAUGACAUUGUUUUUGACUGUCCCAUUAGUUGAAAGAGUUUGUCUCCAAUUUCCAAUGAGAAGUUAACAAUGCAAUCUUCUUGGACCAGCAAGUUACUGGCUCUCCUAUGUCACGUGACUUUUAGUCUCGAACUGGGACAUUGAUUGGCGCGUGCUCAUCUAAUGGAGUUCAACUUCAAGGACUUGACUGAAAUAUUCGACUAGAUUAUCCAACAGAAGUCAGACAUCUGGUAGCGGUGUCAUAUUGUUUGAAAUUUUCUUGUUGUUUUAAAUUCAGUAGAUCUACUGACAACCUCUGUUGUAGUCGGAGCUGAGAGCUUAUGGAUAUGUCUGGUUGCCUGAUAUUUUGUAACAGUUCAAUCAGUUUGGAAACUAUGCAGUGUGAAAACCUUUGACGAGCCACUGUAUUCUUUGCAUCAUUUCUGUGAAAGAGGGUAGUAAAAAACAACACUGUAUGGUUCUAUAGUUUCCGUCUGUAUUCUAGACCAGGGGAGAUUAAGACUUAUUGUAUCGUUUCAACUUGGAACUGAUUGAACGGUUUGUGACAGACUUUACCUCCCUUGUAUUACUAAUUACUUUCCCCUGGCUUUGAGUAAAAUCCUUGGGUCUGUCGUGUUCUCGCAGUUAAUAUAGUUCAACUCAGAGACUCUACUGUUUGCAAUGCUGCUGGAUGGUAGCAACAUUUGGUCACAGCUAAGAAUUGAGAACCCAUAAAGAUGACAAGAUACCCCCCCCCCCCAAUCAUCUAUAGCCUUUUGUCCCACACAAGGAGACCGACUGUGGUAUGUAAGUAUGACUUGUGUAUGUGUUGUGUGCGCCUAGUUCUCACAUAUUGCUAUACAUAUAUCUAUUUAUACAUACAUUUUAUCGAGACCAUGUCAUAGAUGAACACAAAACAAUGUGCAAUGGACCGAGUCCUCCUGUAUGCCGUAGUCUGCAGUAUAUGUUGUCCUGUAAUGUGUGUCUGUAUGCUCGUAGUCUGCAGUAUAUGUUGUCCUGUAAUGUGUGUCUGUAUGCUCGUAGUCUGCAGUAUAUGUUAUCCUGUAAUGUGUGUCUGUAUGCCCGUAGUCUGCAGUAUAUGUUGUCCUGUAAUGUGUGUCUGUAUGCUCGAAGUCUGCAGUAUAUGUUGUCCUGUAAUGUGUGCCUGUAUGCCCGUAGUCUGCAGUAUAUGUUGUCCUGUAAUGUGUGUCUGUAUGCUCGUAGUCUGCAGUAUAUGUUGUCCUGUAAUGUGUGUCUGUAUGCUCGUAGUCUGCAGUAUAUGUUGUCCUGUAAUGUGUGUCUGUGUGCCCGUAGUCUCCAGUAUAUGUUGUCCUGUAAUGUGUGUCUGUAUGCCCGUAGUCUGCAGUAUAUGUUGUCCUGUAAUGUGUGUCUGUAUGCUCGUAGUCUGCAGUAUAUGUUGUCCUGUAAUGUGUGUCUGUAUGCUCGUAGUCUGCAGUAUAUGUUGUCCUGUAAUGUGUGUCUGUAUGCUCGUAGUCUGCAGUAUAUGUUGUCCUGUAAUGUGUGUCUGUAUGCCCGUAGUCUGCAGUAUAUGUUGUCCUGUAAUGUGUGUCUGUGUGCGUGAGCGGUGUAAAACUCACCUGACAUAUUUAAUCUGUGUCACAGUUCAGUAUUGACAUUGUGGUUUAUUUCAUGCGCGUGUGUGUGUUUGAGUAGCACUUGAUGUUCUCACCGUCAGGAAGUGACGUCUAAUGUAUUUCUAUUAUAGCAUGGUUCAUUAUCUGUUCAUUAAAUCUAUUCACAAACCAACUU